CUUGUGCGGAGCCGCCCGGGGAGCAACCUGCGGCCGCGCCGGCACGGAGAGACCGGGCUGGGGCUCAGCCCGCCCCGGCCGGGGCAGUGAGGCGGGCGGUAUCAGCCCGGCCGCUGGGACCGGGGAUGAGCCACCGGCUCCCCCCGCACGGUGCCGGUCACUCUCCCCUACGGGCGCCUGCUCACCGCUGACCUGCCCCGUUGCCCCGGCCGUGGUCAGGCUACCUGGUGCUGGCAGGAGCCCCGGCUCCCCGGUUUCGGGCUCCUACCGCCACAGACGCAGGGGACCCCCGACUACUGCAGGGAUCGCUCCCGGUGUCCCAUCCAGGGGUGCCCUCGGCCGGGAAUAGGCUUUGCAAGCCGGGACGUUACAUGUCCGUCAUGGCACCAUUCCCCGUCCCGUCCCAAAUCGCUGCUGUGUAAACGGGGAGGUCCCUCCGAACCCCGCAGCCUGUUGUCUUUUUCACCCCCACAUGCACGGGGGUAUCUCUUGCCUCCCUUUUCCUCGGCCCAUUCUCUCUCCCCUGAUCCCCCGGACCAUGGCAAGCUUGGGCAUGUCCUCCUCGGAGCAUCGGGAGGGACAGCCGGCUUCGGCCCCUCCUGGUGAGCACCCCGCAGCAAUGCUCCCCCCCAGUCCUUGCUGCCCGAAGCAGCUGGAGGGCGUCUGCUUGGAGAACCAGCCCUGCGCUCACUGCCCAUCUGGGGUAUGGAGUACACACACACCACCUCCAGCGCCCCCGAAUGAGAAAGUGGCCCUGUACAGCCUGUACGCCCGCACACGCCUGGGCUACCUCUUCUACCAGCGGCAGGUGAAGAAGGCGCGGGAGCGGUACCCGCACGGCCACUCCGUGCCCCAGCCCUACUGCUUCCCUGGGGUGAAAAUCCUGCCCAUUCCUGUGCUCUCCAACAACUACAGCUACCUAGUCAUUGACACUGGCUCCGGCCAAGCAGCCGUCAUCGACCCCUCUGACCCACUGGCUGUACAGGCUGCCAUUGAAGAAGAGGGGGUGAUGCUGGAGGCCAUAUUCUGCACACACAAACACUGGGACCACAGCGGAGGGAACGAGGCGCUCUGCCAGAAGCACAACUCCUGCAGGGUGUACGGCACCGCUCUUGAUGCCAUCCCACAGCUCACCAACCCACUUGCAGACAGAGAGAAGGUGAGCGUGGGCUGCCUGACCUUCGAGGCGCUCGCCACACCUGGCCACACUGUGGGCCACAUGGUGUACGUGCUGGAUGGGGCGCCCUUUGGCAGCCCUCCCUGCCUCUUCUCCGGGGACCUCCUCUUCCUUGCUGGCUGUGGUAGGCCGUUUGAGGGCUCCCCUGAGACCAUGCUCGCCUCCCUGGACGUGGCCGUGGGCUUGGGCGAGGACACGCUGCUGUGGCCAGGCCACGAAUACGCGCUGGAGUGCCUGACCUUCGCCAGCCUCCUGGAGUUGGACAAUUCCGCGCUGGAGCAGAAGCUGCAGUGGGCAGUGCAGCAACGUCAGGAGAAGAGAAGCACGUGCCCCUCCACACUGGGAGAAGAGCAGACCUACAACCCCUUCCUGCGGACCCACCGGCCGGAGCUGCAGGAGGCACUGGGGCUGUGGCAGGGCACGGGGGAGGACCCUGAUGCCUUCCGUGCCCGUGUUCUCAAGGAGGUGCGGAGGCGCAAGGACCUCUACCAAGCCACCUAGAUCCCCCCUCCCACUCCCCGGAUCCCCCCUUUCCACGGGGCCGGGUGAUGGUUGGGCUCAGCGGGUCCAAGACUGUGGUUUGUUUUGCUGUGAAUCUCCCUCCUGGGGUGUAGGGUUGGGGGAGGGGGAAGAGUGGACACCCCCUUAAGUGGGCACCCCACAAGUGAUUCCUGCCUUUGCUCCCUCAGAAUUGGGGGUCACCAGCUGUCACAUAGAAGCACCUCAAUCCCCUCUCAGGAGAUCUGUAGCCCCCUGCCUCACUGCUGGGGCUCUAGGAAUGGCACCAAGGGCUUCUCCUACACAACCCCCCCUGUUUUUCUGGGAGUCCCCAAUUUCCCCUCCACCAUCACCACUCGGCCUCCUCCCCUUAAGCCCCCAGUGUUGUGCAUCUCCUUUCUGGGGGCUGGGAUGGAGCCAGUAAGGGGAGGCGGGUGGCAGUACUACCUCCAGGCAAGGGACUCCUCUCCAGCACCCCAUCCUUGAUGCCGGAGCCCCCCCUGUACGCACACACACACACACACACACUAGGACGGGACCACAGGGUCAGACUGCUGCGGUAUAGAGGUGCUGCUUCACUGGGGAUCGGAGCCACAAUCACCCCCACGCCCCAAAUAAAAGACUGGAUCGAUUUUA